AUGAAGUCCCUGUCGGCGUCCUCGUGCUUUACGCCGGCGCCCCCUGCUGUCGACUCAGGACUCUCAGACUGCAGCAGAGCGCCUGAUCAUCCUGCAGGUGGGACUCCUCGCAGGCAGACGGUGACGGUGCAGAGACCUGCAGAGCAGAGCUUCUCUCAGCAGUGUGUUCGUCCUCAGCAGCUGCUGGAGGGGAAGGAUGCGGAGGCCAUCUAUCAGUGGCUCAGUGACUUCCAGCUGGAGCAGUACGUCGGGAACUUCCUCAGUGCUGGUUAUGAUGUUCCCACCAUCAGCAGGAUGACGCCCGAGGAUCUGACCGCCAUCGGAGUGACCAAACCAGGCCACCGCAAGAAAAUCUCCAUCGAGAUCAACAACCUGAACAUCCCUGAGUGGCUGCCGGAAUACAUCCCAUCGGAUCUGGGUGAGUGGCUCAGUGCCAUCGGCCUCCCGCAGUACCACAAGCAACUCUCAGAAAACGGCUACGACUCCAUGAGCAUUGUCAAAGACCUCACAUGGGAGGAUCUGCAGGAGAUCGGCAUCACCAAGCUGGGCCACCAGAAGAAACUGAUGCUGGCGGUGAAAAAGCUGUGUGACAUCCAGAGGGCGAUCCUUCAGGCUGAAUCAGGCCAAGGCACGCUGCGUCGCAAAGCCCCCGGAGCCCUCCACCUGGUCACAAUAGAGCCGCCUGACUCUGCAGGUGAAUGCUCUUCUCCACGCACCCCAAAGAUGCUGACCUUCCAGGACAGCGAGUUGAGCGCCGAGCUGCAGACGGCCAUGUCCAGCCACUACGGAGGCUGCGAGGAAGGCUUGGCCAUCAAGAACGCAGUGGGGAUGUCCCAGAGCCAGGAGAGCAUCGACGCCCGGUCCAGAGGCUCCGGACGCUCCCAGGAGCCUCCCACAGCUUGCAUCUCGCCCCACAGCUGGUCGCAGGAGAGCCUGGAGGGCAGCCCGGCCAAGGAGAGGAACCUUCCUGAGGGAUGGGACCAGAGGCCUCUACAGCAGCAGACGCUGCCCAAGCAGGUCCCUCUGGGCACAGCAACCGUGUUCAAGUACCCGGCAAUCCCAGCCAAGCCCAAACUUCCUGGGUCUCGUGGUCCUUCCCCUCACGGCUCCCCGGCACUCAAAGGUUUCAGCUACCUGCAUUCUCAUUGUGGCUCCACGGACUUCAGCUCAUCUCCCAGGCACGAGAACUACAGCAUGACACUGACGCCGCCGAAGAAGCGCACUCAGACCCGCUACGCCCUGUCGGACGGAGAGCCAGAUGAGGACGACGAGGAGCCGGCGUGUCGUUCUAGAAACCUCUCGUCCUAUGCCACCUUGACCCGCAAACCUGGUCGCAGCCAGCUGGCUCGAUUACAGUCGAGUCCAGAGAAGAACGGCAACGUAGGACGCAGUCAGUCCUUUGCUGUGCGCGCCCGGAAAAAAGGUCCCCCUCCUCCUCCUCCGAAGAGACUGAGCUCAGUGAGCAGCACCACCAGUGGCGAGCUGAGCGACAGCAGCACAACGUCGUCUGUCGGCGGGUCGAUAACAGACAGUCCAGUGAGCGUGAGGAGCAUCGCAGCUUCUCUGGAAGGCAGGACAGAGGGGAAGAACUCCCCGGUACCAAAACCAGACCUCGUCCCAGAGGAGGAUCUGCCACCUCCCCCCUCCCUCAAUUCUGCCGGGCAGGAGGCCACUGGGGUGAGGAGGAGGGUGCAGAGCGAGUGUAUUCCCACCCAGACCCGCAGCAGCACAGUGCCGGAUCGGGGGGUGAAGUCUGACUCAGAGGAAGAAGAAUCAAAAGGUCGCGGACUGGAAGGCUCCUCGUCCCCUCAGAACAGCUCCAGUGAGUGCAUCCCCUUCGCCGAGGAGGGCAACUUGACCAUCAAACAGAGGCCUAAAGCUCCGGGGCCGCCCCGAGCUGAGGCGGUGCUGGAGCCUCCGGAGAAACAAGAAGCCAAAAACCCGGAGCUGCCAGAAUUUAAUCUGAAGGAAUCGGACACGGUGAAGCGCCGACACAAGCCCAAAGACAAGGAGCAGGACGGAGGCUCCCCCAGUAGAGAGGGAGUGGGGUCAGAGACCGGCAGUAGCAGGCCUCCAUCCCAGGACGAGGUCAGUCUGAGGAUCAGUGAGGCCGGUCUGCAGAGGCCGGCUAGUCCGGCAACAGGACCCUCCAUCAAACCUCCACUCUCCCCGAAACCUGCCGUUGCCCCAAAACCUGUCCGCCACAGUCUGCUGGCAGCACAAGCUGGACUCUCGUCUCCAACUGUGACCGUCAGUGUGGUUCAAAGUGUGGCCUUCACCUCUCCAUCCUCGCCCUCUCACGGGCCCCCGGCCCCUCAGAGUCCCUCUCUGGCAGCAGCGAGGCCUCAGGUGUGUGUGGUGGGUCCGGGUCUUGUCCCCGAGUCGUCCUGCGAGACUGAGGUGGUUCAGCAGAGACUGGAUCAGACCAGCACGUCGCUGGAAGCGGCUCUGAAGGCCGUCGAGAGAAAACUGAACCUGGAGGAAAACUCAGACGGCGGCUCCAACACGGUGAAGUCUGCGGGGACGAUUCUGGACGACAUCGGCAACAUGUUCGACGACCUGGCCGACCAGCUGGACGCCAUGUUGGACUGAAGACACAGAAACCCUCAACCUCAGGAAGUGACACACGGCGAGGGGAGGAUGUUGCUCCCCGUCGGCCUCCGCUGCCUCGCACGACUCAAAAACGUUUUUAGCGCUGGAAUCAUGAACCAAAGUGAAGUUGGACAUCAGCCUCUGUGAGGAGAGAAACUCUUCUGUAAGAUUAUCGUUCAUAUAAUAUCAGUUUCUCUUCACGACGGGAUCGAGAGCCGGAGUCCUGACGUCUCCGCCAGCGCCGGGGAAAUACUCAAUACACUUAAAUACUCAUCAGAAGGAAAUAUUGUAUUUUUAUUUCACUACAUUUAUCUGACCGCUUUACUUUAUUCAGAUUAUUAAUAAAAACUAAAUGAUGAUUUAUUAUCUAUAUUAUAUAUAUUAUUAUAAACAUCAACAUAAUAAUGAAGCUGGUCGACAGUAAAAUAUUAAAUAAAGAAAUAAAAGUAGAUAAACAUGCAUGUAAAGAAUUUAUUAUUAAUUACCAAACAAAUACAUUUGCAUAUUAAUAUUCACAUAAAGUGCAAACACAGCAUCAAACUUCUCCCAUAAAACAUUUAUGUGAAACGCUGGAGUUUGAAUCUUUGUUUAGUUUUAAAUUCAGUUCAAAAACAGCAAAAAUUAAAUGAAUAAUAAGAAGAUUAAUUUAUUUUAGUUUUAGUUACGCUUUGAAAGAAAAAUCUACUUUUGAUUUAAGUGAAAGAAAGUUUGUUAAAAACACAAAUAUUAAUUAUUAAAAGAAAGGAAAAAUACAGAUACACGCAAAUGUAAUUAUCAAUAGGACAUAAUAUAAUAUAUAUAUGUAUAUACAAAUAAAAUGGUGUUAAUAAUACAAUUAUUAAUAAUAAUAAACCUAGAAUCAAAUCUAAUAUUAGAUAAAUUAAUUAAAUAAGAAGAAAGUAAACUAAUAAAUACACAUACAUACAAAGAAUAAUGAACAAUCAUUACAAAACACAGUUGAGGCACAUACACUUUCAUUUUUGUAUUAUUUAUGACGUUGUUCUGGAAACUUCGGCUCUCUGUCCAACAUGUCCGACCCUUUCAAAUUCUACCUUUUUGUAAUAUUUUAAAAACCACAUUUAUUUUAUACUGCGUGUCGUUUGUGUUGCUCAAACUGAAAUGUUCGUACAAAGCAUGUUCAGUGAUAUACAAACUAUUUUUUGAUAUUCAUUUUAGCCAAAUUAGUAUUUAAAUUAGAGUCGUCUAAAUAUGUAUAUUGUACACUAGAGUUAUAUACAGGAGCAGUUAUUCAACCAAAGGCUUUGUACAGCUUUCCCUCAAAUGUUUUCACAAGCAUUUAAAAACAAAUGCAGAAUCCUGUUUCUGAUGUUUCUGAUGUUGCAUGGAGCAGCAGCGUGUGGGAACAUGUUGAUAUUAUUAAUAAUGUUAUGUGUGAGAACGCUCCUGCAGGGGGAUCCUGUCUGCGUGAACGAGAUGCUCUCAGGAAAAGAAAUACACGUUUUGAAAUAGUGUUUUAAUGAGGCAUCUUAAAUCCUCUGCAGCAGCAGCUGUCAAUCAUCCUGCAGCCUCCACAUUCCUAAAAUAUGAAUUCAGUGUUUUCAAACCCGAAGCAUCCUGCUGCUGCUGAUCUGUGCGGAGAGGAGGUCCAGCGUGCGUGCGUGUAUUAUUUUUGAUAUUUCUCCGUCUGUAUAAUUUGUUUAACUAUUAAAUAUCUAUGAUGUCU